AUGGGCAGAGCUUGUCUUGGUGAACAUGCCAGGGGCCCCAAGAAGAUGAGUAGCAUUGAUCACUCGGGAGAGCACUCAGCCGUCCGGACGGAGGUUCCGGACCAGGAUAGCAUCCAGCGCUCAUGGCCCCAAGGUCGCUGCGUCCAGCUCAACAAGGCUAUCACAGCCGUCCACCUGUCCAACGAGAGCAAUGAGGUUUGUAGGACGACGCCCUUUUCGGACGAACAAUCGGACGAGGUCGGCAAGGUCGGGUGCCGCCCUGCUACUCCAGAAUCUGUCCUCGGGAGGUCUAGGGCCAAAGAGGCAGGCCGUCCCAAGGCAACGGACGGCGACCCGCUCGAAAGGCCUAUUACCAGAAUGCUGGAUCGCGUGGCGACUUGCUUGUUGGCUUUCGAACGAGACGAGAUAUUCUUAGGCCAGGCCACUUUUCAUGCUGCCGCCGCCGCCGCCUGCGCUGCUUAUCUGCCAAGGACGAAACAAGGAAAUUUCGACAGCGGAAGGCAGAGUGACGACAUGCCCAUAAAGAUGUUCCAUUGUCGGUCUUUUUUCCCCUUCCUCACGCUGCCCAAAAUUCCCACUGAGUUCCGUCACUGGAGAUGUCGGCAUGUCGGAGGUUAUUGCAGGCCAGGGCCCUGGACGAUCGUGCAUGGGCAACGGGGGGCCAGUGCGAAACACGUACUUCCUGUACGUGUUCCUCCAUUCGUCACAGGAGCAUCGGCAUACUCCUAUGGUUGGUUGGACAAGUGA